UCAUUGGCUGUUAGUGUCAUUACGUAGCUGUCCCGGAAACACCGUGUUGCCUGACCACGCCCCCUUGCGAAUUUCUGUCAUGGCUGCUCACGGCGUGAGUGAAACUACGGAUGUGCUAAAAUAGCAUAUGUUGUUUUCCCUCAGGUUCACCGAUGUGGGCUAAAUUAUUUCUUAACCCCAGGUUUAUCAACAGAGUUCAUCUCACGUGGAGUCACAGAUCACUAAUCACAAUGCAACUGAAAACUAAAGAGUUUGAGUCUUUAUUUACCGACGGGCUGGUUGGCCUUGCUGAAAUAUUUGAAAAGAACCAGUUUGAACUGAGGAUUGCAGGAGGGGCGGUGCGGGACCUUCUGUCAGGAAACCGGCCUGAAGAUGUAGACUUUGCCACCACAGCCACUCCAGAUGAAAUGAAGGGCAUGUUCCAGACAGCAGGAGUCAGGAUGAUAAACAAUAAAGGAGAGAAACAUGGGACCAUUACUGCCAGGCUUCAUAACGAGAACUUUGAAGUGACCACUUUGCGAGUGGAUGUGCAGACCGAUGGGCGGCACGCAGAAGUGGAGUUUACCACUGACUGGCAGAAGGAUGCAGAGCGCAGAGAUCUCACCAUCAACUCCAUGUUUCUUGGGCUGGAUGGGACUCUGUAUGAUUAUUUCCAAGGAUAUGAGGACCUCAAGAACAGGAAAGUAAGGUUUGUCGGCAGUGCCUCGCUACGGAUCCAAGAGGACUACCUUCGAAUUUUGAGAUAUUUCAGGUUCUAUGGGAGGGUGGCAGCUGAGCCUGGGCAACAUGAACCUGAGACUCUGGAGGCAAUAAGAGAGAAUGCCAAAGGAUUGGCUGUUAUCUCCGGUGAGAGGAUCUGGGUGGAGCUGAAGAAGAUGCUGGUUGGAAACCAUGCUGGUCAUCUGCUGGACCUUGUCUAUGAGUUAGGCCUAGCCCAGUACACAGGUCUUCCAGCAGAUGGCAAUGUUGGAGAGAUGAAGCAGGUCUGGCAGAGGGCUCAAGACAGCUCUCCUAAACCCAUGACUAUCCUGGCUGCUCUGUUCCGAAGCCAGGAGGAUGUGGAGAAACUGGAUCUGCGACUGAAGCUGUCCAGAGAAGAGAAAAACCUGGGCCUCUUUCUGGUCAGAUACAGACAAGAUCUCGUUAAGGGACAGGAUCAACACGACAGCUUGAAACCGUACACAGAUUUCAUUAUUGAUUCUCGAGAGCCGGACUCCCAGAGUAGAGUACUGGAGCUUCUGAAGUAUCAAGGAGAAAAGAAACUUUUAGAUGAGCUGAGAAAGUGGUCCAUCCCCCGCUUCCCUGUGAGUGGGCAUGACCUGCGCAAGCUGGGCAUUACCUCGGGUAAAGAGAUUGGCACAAUCCUUCAGGAGCUUAGGGACGUGUGGAAGAAGAGCCGCUAUCAGAUGAGCAAAGAGGAACUUUUGGCCAACCUCAGCAGAUCCUGAUGUCAGACAAGGAAACACACUAGUGUCAGAAGUGCUAUUGUCUCUGCAUGCAUGUUCUAUAAUGCAUUAUGAGUCUGUGUACACAAGGUGCACCUCCAUAGUGUCAACAGAGGAGCCAUCAGGGCUGUAUGGAGCACUUGUAUAACACUUAUUAUUUUGUCCUGUGGCUUUGCAGAAACAAUGCUGCCAAAGGCUGAGGAAUAUCUAUGGUUGCUAUCUUGGGAGUAUGUAAUGGCUGAUUUUGGGAUGCAGAAAAUGUCUUGUAAUAUCAAAGCAUGCAUUGUGAGAUUUAGAACGCUUAACAUAUGGAGCAUUUACCCCAACACCUAACCAUGGGCAUCAUAAUCACUCUCUAAAAAGCGUUCUUUUUGAAAUUUUAUAAAUUAAGUUCCCUAUCAUUUUCCUUUUAUAAAUGGUGAUUUAGUCUGACAUAAUAUCAUUCAUUUAUUCAUUAAUAUAAUUGGUUUAAACAAGGAUGCAUCUAAAUUGAAUGACAGGAUGCAGUUUCAUUUCAAUUUUUUUGUGAAGUGGUGUAAUUAUUAUAGUCAAGAGAGUAAUUUAGCUCUCCUGCAGAGAUGACAUCUUCGCAUAUGAAGAUGUAGCCAUGGUUUCAAUAUGAGGAAAAAUUAUGUUCCUUUUGUCAGCAGUUCAUAGUUAUUAGAUGAUUAUGUAACCAACCCUUCAGGUGUUUACUUUGAAAUAAAGUAGCACACAUCAAGUA